AUGUCUGCAACUCGCACUCAAAAAAUCUGUCCAGAUAAAAGAAAGUUGGGCAUCGCUACUUUGCGUACCGUAUUUUCGAUCACCGUUGAUAAGCUUGGAUCAACGCUAAUGAUGCUUUUUUACUUCCUGACAGUUGAAGCCGAAAUGGCUCGUACGCAAAAGAACAAAGCUACAUCAUACCACUUAGGAACUUUAAAAGCUAAAUUGGCAAAAUUACGCAAAGAAUUAAUAGCUCCCUCUAGUGGAAGUGGUGGUGGCGGCGGUGGAUUUCCGUCAGUAGGAAAGUCGACGCUAAUGUCAAAGUUGACUGGCACUUUUUCGGCCGUUGCUGCGUACGAAUUCACUACCUUGACUACUGUACCAGGCGUGCUUCAAUAUAAAGGUGCUAAAAUUCAGAUUCUCGACCUACCCGGUCGUGGUAGACAAGUCAUUGCGGUGGCCCGUACUUGUUCUCUCAUCUUUCUAGUACUCGAUGUUUUGAAACCUCUUACUCAUAAAAAAAUUAUUGAAACUGAAUUGGAGGGAUUUGGCAUCAGGUUAAAUAAGAAACCUCCAAAUAUUUAUUUUAAAAAGAAGGAUAAAGGAGGCAUCAACAUGACGAACACUGUUCCAUUAACUCAUUUAGACUUGGAUCAGGUCAAAGCAGUGUUAAGUGAGUACAAAAUUCAUAAUGCUGAUGUCAACUUCAAGUGUGAUGCUACCGUCGACGAUUUGAUCGAUGUUAUUGAAGGACGUAUUUACAUACCCGCAAUAUAUGUCCUUAACAAGGUAUUUCAAUUAAUGUACUUAAUUUAUAAAAUUCCACAUGCGGUUCCUAUUUCUGCUCAUCACGUAACGUUUCUUUCACAUCGCAUGACUUUUUUUAAAUUAAUUUUAGCUAUACAAUCAACAAUCUAA